AACAUCAAGCAGAUGAUCAAGCUGACCCAGGAGCACAUCGAGGCCCUCUUGGACAAGUUUGGGGGGGAGCACAACCCGCCCUCAAUAUACCUGGAGGCCUACGAAGAAUACACCAGCAAGCUGGAUGCCCUCCAGCAAAGAGAGCAGCAGUUACUGGAAUCCCUGGGGAAUGGCGUGGAUGUUUCUGUCUCUAGCUCGGCAUCAGCGGACACUGUUACAUCUUCUUCCUCUUCCAGCCUUUCAGUGCCACCCUCAUCUCUGCCUGCUUUUCAAAGUCCCACAGAUGUGUCACGGAGCAACCCUAAGUCACCCCAGAAACCUAUUGUCAGAGUCUUCCUGCCCAACAAGCAGAGAACAGUGGUCCCUGCGAGGUGUGGCGUGACUGUCCGAGACAGCCUGAAGAAGGCCCUGAUGAUGCGGGGCCUGAUCCCAGAGUGCUGUGCGGUGUACAGGAUGCAGGACGGGGAGAAGAAGCCCAUCGGCUGGGACACGGACAUUUCCUGGCUCACUGGCGAGGAGCUGCACGUAGAGGUCUUGGAGAACGUGCCACUGACAACACACAACUUUGUACGGAAAACUUUUUUUACCUUAGCAUUUUGUGACUUUUGUCGAAAGCUGCUGUUCCAGGGUUUCCGCUGUCAGACGUGCGGAUACAAGUUCCACCAGCGCUGUAGCACAGAGGUGCCUCUGAUGUGCGUCAACUACGACCAGCUGGAUUUGCUGUUUGUCUCCAAGUUCUUUGAACACCACCCCAUCCCGCAGGAGGAGGCCUCCUCGGCAGAGACCACCCUUGGGCCCAGACCAUCCCCUCCUGCACCCCCCUCAGACUCUCCCGGGCCCCCAAUUCUCACCAGCCCGUCUCCUUCAAAAUCCAUUCCAAUUCCACAGCCCUUCCGACCAGCGGACGAAGACCAUCGAAAUCAGUUUGGGCAGCGAGACCGCUCCUCCUCGGCCCCCAACGUGCACAUCAACACCAUAGAACCUGUCAAUAUCGAUGACUUGAUCAGAGACCAGGGCUUUCGUGGUGAUGGAGCCCCUUUGAACCAGCUGGCGCGCUGUCUUCGGAAAUGCCAGUCCCGGACUCCCAGCCCCCUCCUCCAUUCUGUCCCCAGUGAGCUAGUGUUUGAUUUUGAGCCUGGCCCCGUGUGCAGAGGGUCCACCACUGGCUUGUCGGCCACCCCGCCUGCAUCCUUACCCGGCUCCCUCACAAGCGUGAAAGCCUUACAGAAGUCUCCAGGGCCACCUCGGGAGCGGAAGUCCUCGUCGUCCUCAGAAGACAGGAAUCGCAUGAAAACCCUAGGAAGACGGGACUCAAGUGACGACUGGGAGAUCCCCGAUGGGCAGAUCACCGUGGGACAGAGGAUCGGGUCGGGGUCCUUUGGAACCGUCUACAAGGGCAAGUGGCACGGUGACGUGGCGGUGAAGAUGCUGAAUGUGACAGCACCCACACCUCAGCAGUUACAAGCCUUCAAAAACGAAGUAGGAGUACUCAGGAAAACACGACACGUGAACAUUCUCCUCUUCAUGGGCUACUCGACCAAGCCGCAGCUGGCGAUCGUCACCCAGUGGUGUGAGGGCUCCAGCCUGUACCACCACCUGCACAUCAUCGAGACCAAGUUCGAGAUGAUCAAGCUCAUCGACAUCGCACGGCAGACUGCACAGGGCAUGGAUUACUUACACGCCAAGUCCAUCAUCCACAGAGACCUCAAGAGUAAUAACAUCUUUCUUCAUGAAGACCUCACGGUGAAGAUAGGCGACUUCGGUCUGGCCACCGUGAAGUCCCGCUGGAGCGGGUCCCACCAGUUUGAGCAGCUCUCAGGAUCCAUCUUGUGGAUGGCUCCGGAAGUGAUCCGCAUGCAGGAUAAGAACCCCUACAGUUUCCAGUCCGACGUGUAUGCCUUUGGGAUUGUUCUGUACGAACUCAUGACGGGCCAGCUGCCGUACUCCAACAUCAACAACAGGGACCAGAUCAUCUUCAUGGUGGGCCGGGGGUACCUGUCCCCGGAUCUCAGCAAGGUCCGCAGUAACUGCCCCAAAGCCAUGAAGAGACUGACGGCUGAGUGCCUGAAGAAGAAACGCGACGAGAGGCCACUCUUUCCCCAGAUCCUCGCCUCCAUCGAGUUGCUGGCCCGCUCGUUGCCAAAAAUUCACCGCAGUGCAUCCGAACCCUCCUUGAACCGGGCCGGCUUCCAGACAGAGGAUUUCAGUCUGUACGCUUGUGCCUCUCCGAAAACGCCCAUCCAAGCGGGGGGAUAUGGAGAAUUUGCAGCCUUCAAGUAGCCACCCCGCCAUGGCAGCACCUACUCUUAUUUCCUAAGUCUUGUGUCCGUACGUUUGUUAACAUCAAAACAACGUUCUGUUCCUCAAAUCUUUUUUAAAGAUUAAAAAAAAUUUUUUUCGAUGCAUAAACUAGUGUGGAACAGAAUGGAGUUUCCCAUCCAACAAAAGAGGGAAGAAUGUUUUAGGAACUAGAAUUUCUUCUUCAACACAAACACCACGUGCACACCGUCUGCCCACACUCCCGGGAAGGAGGCGGAGAGACCCUGCCUUCUGGCCACUCGAUGGUCAGGCAUGAAGGAAGGAAGGACGGAACCGCUCCUGCCGCCGCCGUGUAGGAGAGUUGCUCUGCAGAGGCUGCCGUCCACCUGCCCCGGCUGUCUGAGGGCACCGUGCCCUGUCCUGUGCUGCGAGUGUGCGGGCGUCUUUCUGAGGGCUGCAACAGCAGGCCGCAUGCCCUUUCCCCAGGGCAGGGCCUCUCUGGGAGGGGCUUCUGAGUGGACGCUUGUGUGAAGGAAGCCGUUUGGCUGGG